AUGGCUGACGAUAAUCCAUCUCGGGAAGAUGAACAAGCGGAGGAGGAAGAGGAGAUCGACGAGCGUGGCUACAAGACAGUGAAGGAUGCCGUGCUCUUUGCGAUCGAGGUCAGCGAGUCGAUGCUCAAAGUCCGUCCAUCAUCAGAUCCGAAGAAAACCCAAGAGGAGUCCCCUACCACCGCUGCUCUAAAAUGCGCCUAUCAUCUUAUGCAGCAACGGAUUAUAUCCAACCCUCAUGACAUGAUGGGAGUUUUACUCUACGGGACGCAGGCGUCCAGAUUUUACGACGAAGAUGAAAAUAGUCGGGGUGACCUCUCUUAUCCACAUUGCUACCUCUUCACGGACAUGGAUAUUCCUUCUGCGCGGGAAGUCAAGGAGCUUCGGGCGCUGGCAGGGGACGAAGGGAAAGCUAGGGAGAUACUGGCUCCAGCGGAUGAACGAGUUUCCAUGGCCAACGUACUCUUUUGCGCGAACCAAAUUUUUACGUCGAAAGCGCCCAACUUCUUGUCUAGGCGGCUGUUUAUCGUGACCGACAACGACAAUCCCCAUGGUGCAAGCAAAAGUCUCCGCUCCGCUGCAACUGUGCGAGCUAAAGACCUCUACGAUCUCGGGGUUACUAUUGAGCUGUUCCCAAUUUCUCAGCCGGGCCGUGCCUUUGAUAGCUCCAAUUUCUAUGACGAUAUUAUUUAUAAGUCCUCACCACAGGACCCAGAGGCUCCUGCGUACCUGCAGACUGACUCCAAGCCCACGACAGGUAGCAGUGAUGGGAUAACUUUGCUCAAUACCCUUCUGUCUAGCAUUAAUUCGAGAUCGGUUCCACGCCGGGCCCAUUUCUCGAACAUGCCCUUGGAAAUAGGACCCAACUUUAAGAUUUCAGUAACAGGAUAUCUUUUGUUCCGGCGUCAAGAGCCUGCCAGGAACUCCUUCGUCUGGUUGGGAGGUGAAAAACCCCAGAUUGUGAAAGGGGUCACAACUCAAAUCGCAGAGGAUACGGCCCGUACAAUCGAAAAGUGGGAAACAAAGAAAGCAUACAAGUUUGGUGGCGAUCAAGUGUCUUUCUCUCCUGAGGAGCAGAAGGGCCUGAAAGACUUUGGUGAACCUGUGAUUCGGAUUAUUGGUUUUAAAUCCCUUUCUACGCUUCCAUUUUGGGCUAAUGUUAAGCAUCCAUACUUUAUAUACCCUUCUGAAGAGGAUUUUGUGGGAUCAACGCGGGUAUUCUCGGCUCUACACCAAAGUCUCCUGCGAAAUAAAAGGCUGGCACUUGUUUGGUUUAUCCCUCGCAAAAAUGCAGGGCCGGUUUUAGGUGCUAUGAUAGCAGGGGAGGAGAAACUCGAUGAAAAUGGAGUGCAAAAAUUUCCUCCGGGGAUGUGGAUCAUUACCCUCCCUUUUGCCGAUGAUGUUCGACAAAAUCCUGAAUACACUCUUAACGUGGCACCUGAGCCGCUGAUUGACCGAAUGCGAAUGGUUGUCCAGCAACUUCAGCUCCCGAAGGCGUCCUAUGAUCCCCUUAAAUAUCCCAAUCCAUCGCUUCAAUGGCAUUAUGGCAUUCUCCAAGCCCUUGCAUUAGAUGAAGAUCUCCCGGAAAAACCGGAAGAUAAGACAAUACCAAAGUACCGCCAGAUCGACAAACGUGCCGGUGAAUACGUGUUGUCCUGGGCCGAUGAGCUCGAGAAGCAGUAUGCAGAAUCAGCUCCAACUGGUCCCAAGAGUACGCUAGUCAAGCGAGGCGUCAAAGAUCGAGCCGCGGAAACCGGAGAUGGAGAUCGGCAUGCCUCAAAGAAGAUCAAAGUCGAGGGCGGUCCCUAUAAUGUUGAGGACGAAGUACGAUUACAUUAUCAAAAAGGGACUCUAUCAAAGCUUACGGUGCCUGUUCUCAAGGAAUUUCUCAUAUCUCAUGGACGCUCGGCUGCCAGUAAGAAGGCAGAUCUUAUGGAAAGAGUGGAGGAGUACUUGGAAAGAAAGUAA